GCGGCGGCGGCGGCGGCGGCGGAGGAGGAGGGUAGGUUGCGCCCGGGACUGUGUCUGCCGAUCUCCGCGGCUGUGCCUGUGUGAGUGAAGGAGCGGCGCGGGGAGGCAGAGAGCGAGCGCGGACGAGCGCAGCGGCGGGACGUCUCCGGCGGCCGCGGGUCAGCGGCGGCACUCGGUGUGGGGAAGCGGCGGCGGCGGCGGCAGCAGCAGCAGCGGCAGCGGCAGCGGCAGCAGCAGCAGCAGCAGCGGCGGCCGCCUCUCCGCCGCCAGAGACGCCGAGGCACGGCUGGUGGCACUGACAUCGGCGGCCCUGCCUCUUCUCUCUCGCCCCCGGCCCUCCCCAUGUGAUCGGUCUUAAUCCCGGCAGAGUGCGCGCGUGGGGCUCCAUUCCGCGGUGCCCGGUCUCCUUGCCAGGGUGGGUGCUCCUGUGUGCGCUUCUCCUCCCCAUCCCCCUUCCCCCAAGAAUAAAAGAAGAACCAAGAGGCGUGCUUAGAAAAUAAAUAAAUAACCACCAUACACACGCAGCCCGGAGCGGAGUCAGCGGGGCUGGCGGAGGCAGAGGAGGAGUGAAGGCGGCGGCGGCGGCGGCGGCGGAGGAGGAGGUGGAGGAGGAGGAGGGACGCGCGAGAAGGCAGUAACUUUAAAGCCAGCUCAGAAGCCCAGACCUCCAGCCGAGCGGUUUGCAGCGCGGCGGCGGCGGCGGCGUUCAGUGUCUGGCCCGCCGGUCCGGUCGGGGUGUGCAGUAGGACGGACGAGCAGCGCGUCGCUGUCCCCCGGCGGCUGGAGAUGUCCGAGCCCAAGGCAAUUGAUCCCAAGUUGUCGACGACCGACAGGGUGGUGAAAGCUGUCCCCUUUCCUCCAAGUCACCGGCUUACAGCGAAAGAAGUAUUUGAUAAUGAUGGGAAACCUCGUGUGGAUAUCUUAAAGGCACAUCUCAUGAAGGAGGGCAGGCUGGAAGAGAGUGUUGCGUUGAGAAUAAUAACAGAAGGGGCUUCGAUUCUUCGACAGGAAAAAAAUUUGCUGGAUAUCGAUGCACCAGUCACAGUUUGUGGGGACAUCCAUGGACAAUUCUUUGAUUUGAUGAAGCUUUUUGAAGUGGGGGGAUCUCCUGCCAACACUCGCUACCUCUUCCUAGGGGACUAUGUUGACAGAGGGUACUUCAGUAUCGAAUGUGUGCUGUAUUUGUGGGCCUUGAAAAUUCUUUACCCCAAAACACUGUUUUUACUUCGUGGAAAUCAUGAAUGUAGACAUCUAACAGAGUAUUUCACAUUUAAACAAGAAUGUAAAAUAAAGUAUUCAGAGCGCGUUUAUGAUGCCUGUAUGGAUGCCUUUGACUGCCUGCCCCUGGCCGCCCUGAUGAACCAACAGUUCCUGUGUGUACACGGCGGUUUGUCUCCAGAGAUUAACACUUUAGAUGAUAUCAGAAAAUUAGACCGAUUCAAAGAACCACCUGCUUAUGGACCUAUGUGUGAUAUCCUGUGGUCAGACCCGCUGGAGGAUUUUGGAAAUGAGAAGACUCAGGAACAUUUCACUCACAACACAGUCAGGGGGUGUUCGUACUUCUACAGUUACCCGGCUGUAUGUGAAUUCUUACAGCACAAUAACUUGUUAUCUAUACUCCGAGCCCAUGAAGCCCAAGAUGCAGGGUAUCGCAUGUACAGGAAAAGCCAAACAACAGGCUUCCCUUCUCUAAUUACAAUUUUUUCAGCACCAAAUUACUUAGAUGUAUACAAUAACAAAGCUGCAGUAUUGAAGUAUGAGAACAAUGUCAUGAACAUCAGGCAAUUCAACUGUUCUCCUCACCCAUACUGGCUCCCAAAUUUCAUGGAUGUUUUCACUUGGUCCCUGCCAUUUGUUGGAGAAAAAGUGACUGAAAUGCUGGUAAAUGUCCUCAACAUCUGCUCAGAUGAUGAACUAGGGUCAGAAGAAGAUGGAUUUGAUGGCGCCACAGCUGCAGCCCGGAAGGAGGUGAUAAGGAACAAGAUCCGAGCAAUAGGCAAAAUGGCCCGAGUGUUCUCAGUUCUCAGAGAAGAGAGUGAGAGCGUGCUAACGCUGAAAGGCUUGACUCCCACGGGCAUGCUCCCCAGCGGAGUGCUUUCUGGAGGGAAGCAGACACUGCAAAGCGCUACUGUUGAGGCUAUUGAGGCUGAUGAAGCCAUCAAAGGAUUUUCACCACAACAUAAGAUCACUAGCUUCGAGGAGGCCAAAGGCUUAGACCGAAUUAAUGAGAGGAUGCCACCCCGCAGAGAUGCCAUGCCCUCUGACGCCAACCUUAACUCCAUCAACAAGGCUCUCGCCUCAGAGACUAACGGCACGGACAGCAAUGGCAGUAAUAGCAGCAAUAUCCAGUGACCACUUCCUGUUCACUUUUUUUUUUUUUUUGAGCUGCAGGGCAUGAUGGGAUUGCUGCCUAUCAGCAGUUGGGUGUUCUUGCCUCUGACGGUAGCUUAUUUGCUCUGGGGGCCAGGAAUUGGAUUCAGUUUACACUAUCAUUAAAAAAGAGGGAGAGAGAUAAUAAACUAUAUUUUGGUGGGGGUGGUGAUUAAACACCUCUUUGGGGUAUGCCUUUUAAAAAUGCUUAUAGGAAAAAAAAUUUUAAAAAGAAAGCUAACGCUAGUAUAUACUGCAAUGUUAGGGGAAUGAACAUGUUUUCCUACUGCAUUGGGGACUUCUAGAUAGGUUAACGAAAGGUCUUUUAUUAUGUUACUGGACACGAAAACUUUGUCUAAUUUCUUACUCUAUUGUACGUUUACAGUUGCAGCACUAAAAAUGGAUGACAUCAAACAUUUUUAACAAAAUGAUGUACAAACUAAAUAAGGACUAUUUAUUGAUAAUGUUUUGCUACUCUUGUCAGACAAUGGCUAUAAAAUGAAUUAGGCAGUCUUAAAAAAAAACAGAAAAAGAAAAAAAAAAGAAUGUUGCAAAUUUGUUAAAAUGCCAAAAAGGACAGUUUAAUUUUGUACAGAUUAUGCUUACCUCAGGUUUCUUUAGUGCGCUUGAAUGCCCUUCUUUCCAUAUAACACUUAUCUUAUUAAUUUAGCAAUGAAUAUCUUUCCUUUUCUUUAAGUUUAAAAAAAACUGGAAUAAUUACAUCUAUCUUUUUUUGCUGUUUAUAUUUAGGGGUUGGUUUUUUUUGUUGAUAAAUCAAGUCUUGGUUGUGGCUUGCCGAAUUAAAUAUUUAUGAGUGGUGCAUUUUUAAGUAUAGUGAACAAGACACCAUAUUAAGUACAGUGAUAAAGCAUCUAUAUUCUGUAAAAAAAAAAAAUCUGCCUAUGCAUGUUUUUUAAGAAACAAAAACGGCUGUAUCGGCCUGUACGGGACUGUAAUGCGCUUAGUGGUCUGACAUAUCCUGGAAAUGUAUGUAUACUGGCGUACUUUAUAUUCUCUAAAAUGCUUAAUGCCUUUGAAAUUUUGUAAUCAAAAAAGCUUUGAAAAAAUCUAAAGGGGAGAGUAUUCUUAAAAGUUUUUAACAUAAGCUUGUCAGUGCACAUAUAGAUGGUUAGCAUGUUUAGCAACCCUUGUGAAAUUUAAAUAAGUUUGUAGUUACAUGUGAAACUCUAAAUGCAUGGUAACUGUUAAUGUCACCACGGUUUAGUUCUUUCGUUCUGUUCUGUCAUGUGCCACAAAAUAUGUACUUUUUUCACUUUUUUCCCUUUGUAUAUCAGUUACGGGUUACAACUGGUUCAUUCUGAAAACAACAAGAGUCCAUUCAUAUUUUUUAACAAUUGUAUAAGUGCCCAAGUAAUUCACUACAGCCUAAAGCCUUGCCUUUGUAAUUUGACUUCUGAAAUGUUGGCAAUCAAAGCAUGCACUUGUAACAAUGACAAAGACAAAGCAUUUUAUAUUACUACUCAAUAAAAUGUGCAUGAACUUAAAGAACUCUCAUCCUUUCGCUGAGUCUGCUGAAGGGAGUCACGUUCACAACCACCAUGCUGUCUCCUUCGAGGUGCUGGGCCCACACCACACUUCGCAGAUUUACUCCCCCAGGCUUGUCUAAGGGCCUGGUGAUCGAAGGUGCGGUGCCUACUUCCGCUGUAAGAAUCGUGGUGGCUUGUGUCUCAAAUCAGACACGAGAAAUGUACUUAAAAGAGCAAAUGCCGUCUUCUGGCUCCCUUGAAUGUGGGAGCCAGUUAAGAAACCAGAGCAUUCCUUUUUAUUGAAAAACAAGAAUUGUUAUCAGGUUGUUUCAGUUGUACUGGAUGCCCUAUCUGCUAGAGCGAAAAGAACUAAGCUGCCUAGCGCGUUUUCAGCACGGAAGAGAGUUGCAUUUGUAUGGAUAUGAAAUUUGUAUGCUGGCGCCUUGGCUCAUAUCGUAUCACCUGGAGAGUUCAGAUACACCAGAUCCUAGUGGGUUUCUAACAUUGCUCAUUUUCAGGGCACUUUGGUUUAUGUAAUAAAGUAUGCCUGUGACACUAGAUAAUUAAGACUAUGGCAAUUAGUGACAUAGGGUACCAAAACAGAGAUGUUCUAGAUCUAUUCUCUGACAAAGACUAUCCCAAAUUCAUUUUAAUGGCUACAAACAUGUUUUCCUGUGGAUAUUUUCCCAUCCUUAAAAAAUGACAUCCAAGGAAAAUAUUUAGAUGCAGCCUAUUAGAACGAUGUGAAAGAAAUGGUAAUUCUGAUACUGAGGUGUUUAUUUUCUUUCUUAUAACUGCAGAGAAAAUAUCCUGACCAAAAAAAAAAAAAGAAAAAGAAAAAGAAAAAAAAUCAUCUGGGGGUGGUUCCUUUCUUUUACAAAUUGUGCUGAGGCAACUAUGGCAUAGAAAUAAACAUUUGACAUUAAAAUAA